AUGGCGGAACUGCUCAUGCUCUUUAAACUACUAGGUUACCAGGGGAAGCAAGCAAACGCUUACUGCUGGUCCAAUGAAAACUCAUCUGUGCCUAAGAACCUUGCCUUGCUUGAUGUCUUCGGCAAUCACACUGCAAAAACAUUACUGCCGGAGCUCCAUACAGCCGUGACUAUUCAACUGGCAGGACAAACGCCCCCACUGUGCCACCUGAGGACAGGGCGCAGGGCGCUGCAGGAGGCUACGGGGCGUGGGGCGAUCCCGCUGACGGGGGCCGCUGCGCGCUCCUUCAGCCCCUGCGUGCGCAAAAGGAUAUCCCAGUCCCUAAAGCUGAGCGGGGCGUUCGCUCACCCUGGCCGCGGCUCUGCAGGGGUUUUCCAGGGCUCCCGGCGCGUCCCGGCGGGGCGGCCGGAGCGGGGGCUGGCGCCGGACCCGUGCGGCCCUCGGCCCCCUCACGCCGGCAGAGCCGGGGUUCAUCGCCGGGCCGGAGCAGCAGGGCUGCGCGCACGGUGGAUUGUCUUCCUGGGGCCUACAUUUACAUGUGGAGGAGUUGUAUCUGGAGAGUCAGGGUUUAUUGGGAGUGAAGGAUUUCCUGGAGUCUACCCUCCAAACAGCAAAUGUACUUGGAAAAUCACAGUCCCAGAAGGAAAAGUGGUUGUUCUUUCUUUUAGAUAUUUAGACCUGGAAAGUGACAACUUGUGCCGGUAUGAUUUUGUGGAUAUAUACAACGGCCAUGCCAAUGGACAACGCAUCGGCAGGUUCUGUGGUACCGUGAAACCAGGUGCCCUUGUAUCCAACAGCAAUAAAAUGUUGGUGCAGAUGACUUCAGAUGCUAACACUGCUGGAAGCGGAUUCAUUGCAAAGUUUUCUGCCGCAGAACCACAUGAAAGAGGGGAUCAGUACUGCGGGGGACGACUGGAGAAGCCAUCGGGGUCCUUCCAAACGCCCAACUGGCCGGAGCGAGACUACCCGGCGGGAGUCACCUGCUCCUGGCACAUCGUCGCCCCAAAGAACCAGCUAAUAGAGUUAAAGUUCGAGAAGUUUGAUGUGGAGAGAGACAAUUACUGCAGAUAUGACUACGUCGCAGUGUUUAAUGGUGGGGAGAUCAAUGAUGCUAAAAGAAUUGGGAAGUACUGCGGAGACAGUCCACCAGCGCCAAUUCUGUCUGAGAGAAAUGAGUUGCUCAUUCAGUUUUUGUCUGAUUUAAGCUUAACAGCUGAUGGUUUUAUUGGCCAUUAUAAAUUUAGACCAAAAAAGUUACCCACAACUACAGUUCCGCCUUCUACCACAACAGUCCCUGCUACCUCAAUUGUGAAACCUACAGUUGCCCUGUGCCAGCAAAAGUGUAAGAGGAGCGGGACUCUCGAAAGCAAUUAUUGUUCAAGCAACUUCGUAAUAACUGGAACUGUAAUCACAGCAAUAACGAGGGCUGGCAGUCUGCAUGCAACAAUAUCAAUCAUUAAUGUAUAUAAGGAGGGAAAUUUAGCAAUUCAACAAGCUGGCAAGAGUAUGAGUGCCAAGAUUAUUGUUGUGUGUAAGCAAUGUCCUCUCAUCAGAAGAGGUUUAAACUACAUCAUCAUGGGCCAGGUAGAAGAAGACGGUAGAGGCAAAGUCUUUCCCAACAGCUUUGUCAUGAGUUUUAAGACUAAGAACUCAAAGAUCCUAAAUGCCUUGAAAAACAAAACAUGUUAA